AUGUCCAACAGUAACGCAAAUAUUUACUUCAGGCUGUUCGCAAGUGAUGGUGCCCUUUCCUCGCCAAUUCCAUUCCAUCGUCCUUCCUUCCAUCAAUUGAUAGCCAGCAAAGGCUGCCGGUCCAGCUUUGCGACUCCUGCUUCUCAGGUAGAUACACAGCAGCUGGUGUCGCGACUCUCCACUACCGUCCGUCUUAACGUGUCGCUGUCCGUGACAGUCAUCCUCUCGGUCCACAAAUCUUGCAAUUAUUUUCGCUCCCGAUACAGCGUUAUCAAAAUGCCGACAAAGAAGGCUGCUACAAAGAAGAAAUCAACCAAUUCUUCCACUGCGAUUCCGGCGCCGUCAGAGUGUUCCCAACAACCACCCGCCCAGCUACAUAAGAGAUCACGCUCCGACCAACGUUAUCGCGCAAUGCCUAUGACUUCUCCGUUCGUCCCUGAGUUCGACUUCAAUCGGCCGGUUUUCCACGGAGCCUACGAUCCAUUCGCCUCGCACCUGCCAACUCCAGCUUUUGGGCCAGCCCCCUACGGCCAGUUCCCUCCGUACGAAGUGGAUAUCAAGACAGAGCGCCAGCUGUUUGUGAAUGAUGUUCCUACGCGAUGUGACACGUCCUUCUCGUCCUUCACCACCUACGCUCCCCCACAGUUGCACGCGACUCUUCCACCUUUCCCCGGCGAUGAGUGGAUUCCUGAGGCAUCUCUGGCUCACCCUCCGCCAUUCGUCGGUAUGGAGGCCGCGGCAUAUGAGCAGAACAAUGAACAGUCUUAUUCCCUGAUGCAAACGUCGAUCCCAGUUGAUGAUGCUGAUCGACCAUUGCUGAAUUAUUUUGUCGACAAAGUCCUGCGUCUUUCCUUUCCCAUCCUGGAAGUCCACCAACGGGGUCAUGAGCGUGCCCAGGCCAUAUUCCACAGUCUCGAGACCAACAAAUCUUACCUGCACUGCUGUCUCAGUGUCGCUGCAAUUCAUCUGAAAAACACGGCAGGGGUUGUCGGCGAAGAGAUUGACUAUGACAUCGUGCGACAUCGCUACGAAGCAGUGUCCCAGCUUUAUCGAUCGUUGAAUGAGAACACGAACUACGAUCAAGCCCUAGACACCACUCUUGCCAUGAUCUUCUUCAAUUGUUCCGUCUGCGAUCCCGAAGAUUACCACCUACCCAACGUUGACCUACCCGGUGAUAUUGACCUACCAGACAUUGCGUGGAGUGAUCACUUCCAAGCGGUGACGAGUUUGGUAGAGAGACUGGAUCUCCCGUCGCAGUUGAUUAAAUGCGAUUCUCCAUUCACGCAGCCUCCCUUCAACAUGACAUUGACGGCAUGGAUCGAUAUCCUGGGAGCCACGAUGCUUGGCAAAUCACCUCACUUUGCUCACACUUAUCGUACGAAGCAUUUAAGUGGAACGUCGUCAGGCCUUCGUGAACUCAUGGGUUGCGACGAUCGAGUCAUGUACCUGAUCUCCGAGAUUGCCUGCCUCGAUGCGCUGAAAAAGGAAGGGGUCGUGGACGACAUGGCCGUCUGCUCUCACGUGUCUGCCCUGGGAAGGCAGCUGGAAUUCACGGAACCUCUCGACCCGAAACUCGAGAGCCCAUUCUCUCCUGACAGCGGUGCGAUCCGACCCGAUCAGCUCACGAAAAACAUGACCGCCAUCUUCCGCAUCGCGGCCCGUAUCUAUCUGUGCAGUUUGGUCCCUGGAUUCGAUCGGAGUCAACAGAACAUCCUCAACCUUGUUGACGCUGUUACGCAUGCUCUCCAGUUCAUCCCAGGAGGCCCAGAUGGCUAUGAUCGCUCUCUUGUCUGGCCAUUGCUCAUCACAGGGGCAUUUUCCAUGCCAUCCAGUUCUUUCCGUCAGGUCUUGCGUGAGAGAGUUGUGGCACUAGGCGAUCAGGCCGAUUUUGGGAGCUUUGGUCGCAUGUAUCGCGUGUUGCAAGAGGUUUGGAAGCUUGCAGAUGACCCCGUGGACGGGGGCCCAACGUCUCCUCCCAUCGAUCCGGCCGUGAAACGAGAUACGUCCACCUCUCCGCCCUGUGGCACUCCGGGAAUGAGGGAGAUAAGAAAACGCGGCGUUCACUGGCGCGACGUGAUGAUUAAAAACGAUUGGCGGUAUCUGCUGAUAUGA